AAUUCACACAGCAAAAGUCAUCCACGUAAAUACAACACAAGAAACAGACAGAGAGAAAUUCACACACAUAAAAAUCAUCACUUCAAAUUAAGCUAGAGCUAGAAAGAUUCAGAGGUAGCUAUAGAGAGAGAAACAGAGGUCAUGGAUGGUUUGCAAAGAUCUGAGGUGUCUUUCAGGAGACAGGGUUCAUCAGGGCUUGUUUGGGACGACAAGUUAUUGUCAGGGGAAUUGAACAAAGUGAACAACAACGAAGACCAAAAGGGUGGUGGUUCUGGUGGUGACCUUAACCUUAAAGUUAGAACUACACCACCCAACACCACCAUCCAGAGAAGCCGCUCCAACGGCGGCUACCGCACCGGAAAAGUCUCGCCGGCGAUCGAGCCUCCCUCUCCCAAGCUCUCUGCUUGCGGCUUCUGCAGCGCUUUCGGGAAAACAAGGGAAAAGGGCCGUGCUAAGCAUCGAUCAAGGUAGGUUUUUUCCCGUCGCCGGAGACGGUGGUUCAUACAGCUCUUCAACACGUUCUGUUUAUGUCCACUUAAGAUUUAGGGUUUGAGUUUGAGUUCGUAUAUGGGAAUAGAGAAGGGUGAAUUGUAGCCCUCCGUUUCGUCUCUGUUUACGAGUUUUGGUUUGUUUUCAUGUUUCAAUUGUCUCUGUGGAAGAAGAGAUGAUGAUAGUUUGGGGUGAGUUGGGUUGUAAUCAUGUGUAUGUUUGUUGGAUCAACCAGCAAUUUUGAUCUCUGUACAAAGUAAAAUCUCCAAUAAGAUCUAUCUUUCACAAAUUUGGGAUUGGUGCAAUAUCCGAACGUGAUUUAGUACCGUGCUUUUGCUUUUGUUUAAUAAUCAACACCAUAUUUAUAUAUUGUAUUUGUAUGAUAUAUUUGAUAAAUAUGAGGAACUUGAAUUUC